UCUCUCUCUCUCUCUCUCUCUCUCUCUCUCUCUCUCUCUCUCUUCUCUUUGCCCCCUUCUCCUGAAGCUCCCUUCCGUCGCUCGCUCUAAGAACGUCUCCCUCUCUCUCAUACUUCCCAUCUAGCGUUGGAGUAGCUAGAACGUAUCCCACCUGACUGCUAGUGUUUUUGCAGCCUUGUUUUCUGCACCACUGCCUCCUCUGUUCCACUGCACUAAUGGGUGGAGCCGGCCAGGCUAUUUGGGGGCAGACAGGGACGAGAGCGGCGGCUGCUUUCCAGUAAAGCAUAACAGCAUGCCACAUCUGUAAUCCUAUAGCAGCGCCAGGAAGAUGGCAGCCUCUGCAUUAAUGUCAAAAAGUGACUCUCUCUCUUCCGCUCCUCUCUGUCUCUGUCUUGCCCUCCCCCUUCUCUGUCUCUCUCUGUCUCUCUCUCUCUUUAUCUCUCACUCUACCCUUAGCUGUCCCCAACUGACAAGAGUUUGGAGUUUGACAGAGACUUCAGAAUCCGCCAUUAUGCAGGCGAUGUUGUGUACUCUGUGGUUAGUUUUAUCGACAAAAACAAAGACACACUCUUCCAGGACUUCAAGAGGCUCUUGUAUAACAGUUCGAACCCAGUUCUGAAGAACAUGUGGCCUGAGGGCAAGCUGAGCAUCACAGAGGUCACCAAGCGACCCCUGACGGCCGCCACCCUCUUCAAGAACUCCAUGAUCUCAUUGGUGGAGAACUUGGCAUGCAAGGAGCCCUACUACGUCCGCUGCAUCAAGCCUAACGAGGUCAAGUCCCCCCUGCUGUUUGAGCAGGAGCGCUGCCGUCACCAGGUGGAGUACCUGGGCCUGCUGGAGAACGUACGAGUGCGCAGGGCCGGUUUCGCCAACCGCCAGACCUACCCACGCUUCCUCCAGAGGUACAAGAUGAUCUCAGAGUUCACCUGGCCCAACCACGACCUGCCGUCAGACAAGGAGGCAGUCAAACGCCUCCUACAGGGCUGCGGCUUCGACCACGACGUGGCGUACGGCAAGACCAAGGUGUUCAUCCGCACGCCGCGCACACUCUUCAGCCUGGAGGACCAGAGGGCCGACAUGGUCACCAGGAUCGUCCUUUUCCUCCAGAAGGUGUGGCGUGGCACCAUCGCCAGGAUGCGCUACCGGCGCAUGCGAGCUGCACUCAUCAUCCUCCGGGCCUACCGGCGCUACAAGGUCAAGUCCUACAUCCGCGAAGUCAACCGGCGCUUCAAAAAUGUGCAGUCCAUGAAGGACUACGGGAGACACGUCAAGUGGCCUACGCCCCCCAAAGUCCUGCGUCGUUUUGAAGAAGCACUAAGGAGCAUCUACGGCAGGUGGUGGGCGUGGACCCUGAUCAAAGGCCUGUCUCCAGAGGAGACCCUGCAGGUGAGGGCCAAGGUGGCUACCCUGGAGGCCCUCAAGGGCCAGAGGGUGGAUCUGGGCCUGCAGAGGACCUGGGAGGGCAACUACCUGAAGAGAGACAGCCCUGAGACAGCCUCCUCCUUCACGCUGCUCUCCAGUGAGCUGCAGAGGAAGGACAAGUUCAUGAGGAUCCUCUUCUCCUGCAACGUGCGCAAGAUCAACCGUUUCCACAAGUCUGAGAACCGGGCUGUCCUCAUCACAGACCGACACCUGUACAAGAUGGACCCCCUGAAGCAGUACAAGCCAAUGAAGAACAUCCCUCUGUACAACGUGACAGGGGUGAGUGUGUCUCCAGGGAAGGACCAGCUGGUGGUGUUCCACACUAAGGACAGCAGGGACCUGGUGGUGUGCCUACAGGGCAUGGUGCCCGCUGGAGAAAGUCGUAUCGGGGAACUGGUGGGCGCCCUGCUUAGCCACUUCAAAAGUGAAAAGAGGAAGCUUCAGGUGAACGUCACCAGCCCAAUCCAGUGCAGCAUGAACGGCAGGAAGUGCACUGUCAUCGUCGAGUCCAAGAUCAACCAAUCACAGCCAGACUUCACCAAGAGCCGUUCCGGUUACAUCCUGGCUGUGCCCGGGAACUGACGGAGCUGUGGUCAGGUGACAGGGGUCAGGUGACAUGGACGGAGGGGAAGAUAUCAGACAUGGAUGGUUCUGGUCUUCAUCUGGUUGAGCAUCGACAUACUGUGAUGUGAACAGUAUGCACGUAGGAAAGUGGACAUCUAAAUAAAAGCCAUGAUAAAUGUCUUUUUUGAAUACAGCUCAAUGAAUAAGAUGUUAUGUAUAUUUCAAUACUGCAAAUGUCGUUUGUUAAACAGUAAACACAUGCACAACAUUUAUCUAUAGGCUACAGUAUAUACUGUAUAUAUAAAACCAACCAAAGAGUUGUCUUUCUUCUCACAGUAAACUUUUUUAGAUGUAAUCACAUGCUAGUUUGUCGAUAUAAUGAGAUUUGGAGUGAAUGCGCAGAUGAGGGUUUUAUUAGGAAAGCUUACACGAUGUUAAGACAGAUAUUGGAUAUUGUUUAGCCAAAUCAAACAGAAAGACUAUGACAGUGUUAAUGGAAAACAAAGUAACCCCUAAUAAGGAUCUGAAAUCUUAUUUAGAUUUUUCUUGUUUAUUAUACUGGGCGUAGUUUACCAAGUCUAGCAUCUGAUAAACCUUUUUAGUUUAACAAAAUAUAUAUAUAUAUAGGUGUUCGCGAUUGUAAACAACAGCUAUUUAAAGAAACUUAUCAAUAACCACCUUUUAUUUUACAAUUGAUUGUUAACUUAAUUUGUUCAUGGGAACCAUUAUGGGUAAGAAAAAGGUCAGAUACUUUUCCCUAGCUGAUCGUCUGUGUUCCAGAUGAAGUGUCAUUGGCACAGUUAGACACAGUCCGACACAGUUAGGCACAGGGUGUUUAGACGGAUGUGUUGAGCAUAUCCUGAACAGAAAACUGCUCUGAGAGGAGCAUUAAAACCUCUCUUAAUUUAAAACCUGUAUCAUUUCCUGUAUACCGUAUGUUUAUUUGUAGCACUGUCAGCAAACGACAUGCUUAUAUUUUCAUCCAAAAGACUGUAAACAACACAGGGCCGCAUGCUCUAUGUAUUGAUAAAGACUGUACUUACCAUUUGUUAUGGUUAACAAAAGGAACUGUAGGAGAAACCGAGUUAUACCAUAUGAUACCAAAGCACAAUUGUAAACCUAGCAGAGACCUGGAACCCUAUAGAACUUCUUGCGCUGGUGUCACAAGCUCAUGCUAAUUGCCAGUCCCUGGAGAUAAUGGUAUUUCUAUUGACCUGGAGUAGUCCUUACUCCUGAAUGGAACUGGCUCUUCAGUAAUAAACAUGGAUCAUUAGUGGAGAGGAAGAUUGUGUGUGUGCUUUUGAGAGGGAGAGGGAGAGAGAGGAAGAGAAAGAAGAGACAGUUGUGUUUUUGUGUGGAUAACAGUUUGUUCAUUAGCUCCUAGCAGCCACCUCGCCUGCUCCUCUCUGGCUCAGUGUCAAAUAGGCUGGCUACUGGCCAUGUUGAAUCACUGGCCAAGGCCUUAAAGAGCAGACGAGCAGUUGCCUGGUCUCUAGCUUGCUAGCGACAUGACGGGCUCCAACAACACCAUAUCCGCAGUCACGUUAGCGAUGCUGUUGUUAACUGACACCUUAUAGUAUGUAGAGAUGAAUUUGCUGCUUUAUACAAAUAACCUAAAGUAAUCGUUUGUUAUACACGUCAUUGAUUGUAUGCAGUAGGUUAUUAUCGAUUGAUUUGCUUAGAUGUAAAUUGAUUGUAUGCGGUUUCUGUUUUGUGUAUGUAUCUCGUUUCUACAGUAUGUAUUGGUUAUUGAUGAUUGGAGCGCACGCCUACAGUACUGUAUGUGGAUGAGUGAGUCUUAGUCUUCCUGUGUUAAUAAUGAUUGGCUCUGAUAGGCAGAAGCGACAGUGGAGGGUAAGGAAGAAGGAACUCUCUGAAUACUUGGCCUAGUUAGUGUGGCGGAGAUCUGUCAGCCGGUAUUACUCUCCCGGCAAAUAAAAAACUCUUUACCAAUCAGUUUCAUAAGUACUGCAUUCCUGUUAAUUGCUUUAGAGUAUUGGCUGGAAAAAUCUGUAUCUUUAAUAAGUUAAUUUGUGCCACUACUCUAAAAAGUCUUUACCUUGCAGCUGUGCAGUGUGACCUUCUUCCACAGCUUGAUAAGGAACUUCAUACAAGAAGAUAUUGGAGAGUGUGUGUGGUUGCAUGUGUGUGGAUUGUAAGUGUUGUCCUGUUGGUAUCAGUAAUGGCAGUAAUACAAAGCCUCACUUGGACUCUUUCGUUUUUUUCUUCUCUAGUAUUUCUUUGUGUUCCUGUCUUUCAAAUAUCUCUCCCACUUUCUCACUUCUACACUCCAGUGGUCAGAACUAUGUUCAGGACUGUCUUGAGGAAGCUCCGGAUAUGUGAUGCUGUUUCCUGUUUCCUGUCAUCACCAGUCACACUGUACUUGUCCUUCUGAAAUCCAUCAACUCCUCUGGAACUGGUUGUAUUUUGAGGGUUUCAAGUCCCUCGUAGCUCAGAAACAUGGAGUAAUCCCAUCACUGAUAUCAUCUACGUUUAACAGUUUGGGAAAAAGGUUGUCAAAGUAAAAAGUAGGUAACCUGUGCCAUCACUUUGUACCAAAUAGUUUUUUUGUUGUCGUUUUUUUUCUUUUUUACAAAGUCUGGUUGUUUUUUUUGUUUUUGUUUUUUUGUUUUACUGGAUUGGUCCUGUAACCUUAGUAACUACAUUACGAUGAAUGGAAUGCUGCAGUCUACAUCAGUUUUGCUUUUUAAAACAUUGAAAUGAAGUUGAUUUGAUUUGAAUGGUAAACUGUUAUUGAUUGUGAGAGCUUGUGUCUGCAUCUUUUUCUCUCUGUCAAUGUCAGUAGCUGUGUUGUCAAGGUCAUUGUGAGCUCACGUGACCUAUGUUUCUGUCUUAGACAUCGUCUUCACCAGACUGAAUAUAUCAAAGUGCCUACAGAAAUUGAUCUUUAUAAUUUCAGGGAGUUUAAUUGCUUGAUAAAUAUGGGAAGCACAUUGUAUUGAUAACCCUUUUGAGUUGUUAAAAACAUAUUCAAUAUUUGCUGGCUUUUCAACAAAUAUAUAGGCAGAUGCAGAAUACACUUCAAACCAUGUGCCUAAUUUUAUAGUUGCAUAUUUAUGUAAUACAUCCAUGUUGAUUAUGAAUGAAUUAAAACGAUUGGACCAAAUUUUA